AGAGUCUUAACAUGGUUUUAAACGACAGCUUAGAAUAAGCUGUCUUAUUGUUACGUCUGUCACUUACGCGCUUCCUUGCAACACUGUACAAAAGCACUCUCAAACUCUCAGAGAUCAAAAAGCCAGAUUGCAAAAACUGAAGCAGACAGAAACGGAAGCCAUGGCUUUGAAAUGGAUUCUCCAUUUAGUUAUGUUUGCGAUGAUACCCUUGGCGAUCUGUCAAAAUCAAACCACUCCAACGGCGCCGGCACCGGCACCGGCGUCGGAUUCGUGCAAUGGAGUGUUCUUGACUUAUACUUAUACCGGCGGAUCGAAGCUUCCGCCGGACAAUCCGAGUCACCAAGCGUACCGGUUCGAGUCGACGUUAACGGUGUUGAACAAUGGACUUGAUGAGGUCAAGUCCUGGAAAGUGUUCGUGGGGUUUCAGCACGAGGAGUUGUUGGUUUCAGCGUCGAAUGCGGUAUUGUUUGAUGGGACUAGCUAUCCUGCCAGUGUGGGAAACGGUACCGUGUUUGCUGGAUUCCCGAUGACGGACUUGAAGACGGCGGUGGAGACGGCGGGUGAUCUGACGCAGAUGCAGGUGCAGGUUAACUUGCUGGGGACGCAGUUUGGUGUUAAAUCGCCUGCUGUGCCUAUGCCCAGUAAUGUUAGUCUCGCUAAUGAUGGGUUUUCGUGCCCUCAAGCUACUAUGCAAGGUACAAGUCAGAUGCAAGUUUGUUGCACCAGAAAUGCGAAUGCUACAUCAAACAUCACUGUUGUGGGUGGUAACUUCCUACCUCACCAAAAUGGGGAUCUUACAAUCAUGUAUGAUGUGAUCAGGACAUAUGACUCAAAUUACUGGGCACAGGUUACAAUUGCAAACCACAAUCCCCUUGGUCGUCUUGAUAAUUGGAAAUUGAGUUGGGACUGGAUGCAUGAUGAAUUCAUCUACACUAUGAAAGGGGCUUACCCAUAUGUUGCUGAUUCAAGCGAAUGUAUUUAUGGUCCCCAAGGUACAUACUACCAGCAACUAGACUUUGCCAAUGUAUUAAAUUGUGAAAGAAGGCCAACCAUAAUUGACCUGCCUCCAACAAAGGCUAAUGACACAACCCUUGGGCUGGUCCCUUCCUGUUGCAGAAAUGGUACUCUCUUGCCGCCGAUUAUGGACCCAAGCAAGUCAAUAUCAGUUUUCCAAAUGCAGGUGUACAAAAUGCCACCAGAUCUUAAUCGCUCUGACCUUGUCCCACCCCAGAACUGGAAGAUCAAUGGCACUCUCAACCCUACUUACCAAUGUGGCACUCCAGUGAGGGUGAGCCCUAGCAAAUCCCUUGAUGCAAGUGGUGUUUCUAAUAGAACUGCCUUUGCUAGCUGGCAAAUUGUGUGCAAUAUUACAAAGCCAAAGGGAGCAAGCCCUAAAUGCUGUGUAUCAUUUUCUGCAUACUACAAUGAUUCUGUUGUCCCAUGUAAAACUUGUGCUUGUGGGUGUCCGAGCAAUGUAGGGCAAACUUGUAGUACCAGUGCUUCAGCUAUUCUUCUUCCACCUGAGGCACUUUUAGUUCCCUUUGAGAAUCGAACUUCUAUGGCGUUAGCUUGGGCUGAUAUUAAGCACUUUACAGUGCCAAAGCCCAUGCCCUGUGGAGAUAAUUGUGGGGUCAGUAUUAAUUGGCAUCUAUAUACAGACUACACUGGUGGAUGGACAGCAAGAGUGACGCUGUUCAAUUGGGAUGAUACUGCUUUUUCUGAUUGGUUUGCUGCAGUGCAACUGGACAAAGCAGCCCCUGGUUUUGAAGCAGCAUACUCAUUCAAUGGAACUGUUUUAGGUACUGGAAACAACACCAUAUUCUUGCAAGGUCUUCCGGGAUUGAACUAUCUUGUGGGAGAAACUGAUGGAGCAAAUCCAGCGAAGGAUCCUAGGGUGCCUGGGAAGCAACAGUCAGUGAUCUCAUUUAAAAAGAAAAAUACCCCUGGAAUCAAUGUGCCUGCUGGAGAUGGGUUUCCGACAAAAGUUUUCUUUAAUGGGGAGGAAUGUUCGCUUCCUUCAAUUCUUCCGUUAAGUGACUGUAACAGGAAGGGCCCAGUUCUAAUACUUUCAGUCCUCCUAGCAGCAGUAGUGUUCUUGUUGAUGCAACAGCAGUAGCCGGUGUGGUGACACUGUCUUGUGAUUUAGCUGCGGCUGAUUUCUUUAUUCUUUCGCUACUUGGAUUAACACAUGCUCAGCCAGGAGAUUUUGUGUUUUAAGAUGACAUGUAUGCUGUGAUUUCAUAUCUGUGAUGUAUCCUUCGGCAUACAUGAUGACUGAUAGGCAUUUGCACAAUGAAUGUGCAGGUGAAUACAACUACACUGAUACAACAUUGUGUGAAACAAUUGUAGAAUUUCGUGUGAUGUGUAAACUAUCAUUUAAUAGGAUUGCAUAGUUUGAUUCUUUA